UAGACUUUGAAACCUACUACAAUUUCCGUUAAAAUUGAAACGCAGUUGCAUUUUAUUUUUACAUCAUUUUUCAUUGCGGCGCAGAUCAAUACGGUUGUUCACUAUACACAACACAUUUGAAAUUGAUCUACGACAUACAGAUAAAAAAGAAUUAAAAAAUGUCAUUUUUCCAUAAAAUGUGUACGAGCAAAGCACGUCUUGACGGCAAAAUUGUUGUGAUAACGGGGGCAAGUGAUGGUAUCGGCAAAGAAACUGCCAGAGAUUUAUACGCGAGAGGUGCUAGAGUAAUUCUGGCUUGUAGAAAUAUGGAAAAGACAAAUAAAGCAGUUGAAGAUAUAAAGAAUAAUCCACCUUCAUGGAUCACAAAGGAUGAAUAUAAGAAUAAUGUAGGCGAGCUUGCGAUUUAUUUUUUGGAUCUAAGUAGUUUGAAGAGUGUAAAAAAGUGCGCUAAAAACUUGUUGACAAACGAAGCAGCUAUUCACAUACUUAUAAAUAAUGCCGGUGUGGCUGCGUACCCGUACGAAAAAACAGAAGAUGGAAAUCAAAUGACAAUACAAGUCAACCAUCUUAGCCAUUUUCUUUUGACACUUCUGCUUUUGCCAAAAAUGCAAUUGUCUUCUCCCGACUGCAGAAUAGUCAAUGUUUCAUCAUUUAUACAUUGUAUCGGCGACAUAGAUAUCGAUAAUAUUAAUUGAGAGACACAAUCUUCUUUUUAUAGACAAUUUUUUUCUUCUUAUCAAAUAUUUAAAUUAUAUGCACGAACCAAACUAGCAAACAUUCUUUUCACUAAAGAACUCGCUCGUCGAUUAAAAGAUGCAAAUAUUCAUGGAAUAAACGUAUAUUCUUUACAUCCUGGUUUUAUAUUGACUAAUAUAUGGCAGAAUAUGCAUAAUGUACCAUUGAUAGGUACAGUUCUUAAAUUUACUUUUAAGUUGUUAUAUAAAAAUGUUGAAGAGGGAGCGCAAACAACAAUAUACUGUUCGUUGGAUGAAAAGACAUCCAACGAGACCGGACUUUAUUAUUCAAAUUGCGCUAUUGCAACUGCAUCUCAAAAAGCAAAUAAUCAUCGAGAUGCUGAAAAAUUGUGGAAUAUAUCCUGUCGUCUUUUACAUUUGGAACCAGAAGAAAAUUUUACCACGUUUUUGGAAACUGUUUCACAUCAAAUGCUUUAGAUUCUAGAUAUUCACUCAAAAUUUAAAACUUCAAUAUAAUAAGUUUACUGUAGUAAGUUCUAGAGCUUAGCAAUAAAAUUCAAGUUAAAUUUUGAAUAAUUAAUUAAAUUUUAUUAGUUAAAUUUUAUCGUAAUGAUAAUUAGAGGUAGCUCAAACAAGUUUAGACAUGUAUAAAAAUUACAUAGUUACUUUUAGCAAUUAGUAAAGAUUGCCAAGAGGAAUUUCAUGUAAAAAAAAUUAACGAUAAGAAUUUUGUCAUAUGAGUAACAACUUUUUUGUGUAUACCGAUAUUAUGUAUACCUGACAAAAGAGUAAAUAAGCACAUAUAUUCAAUUGUCAAUAAUUUUGGAUAACGGUAACAUAGUCAUCUAUUUUAAAGAUUCUCCUGUUUAUGCAUUUCUUUUGUAAACAUAUUGAAAUGCAUAGAGAUGCACUACAUUUGUCUCCGUCAUUGACACAGAUGAGUUACGUUAAAAUGAUAAAUACGACGAAUUUACGGGAACGAUGCGCACAGCAUCGUAUCAAUUUCAUUUGUUGAAUUUUAAAUCGAAAAGUCAAUGUUUAAAUCAAUAACUACAAAUACAAUUUACAAUAAAAAAUUACGAUAAUGUUGA